AUGGCAACAUCCUCGCAAACAGAGGAGCACACCUUCUCUGCCGAGCGGUACUUCGCAACACAACCGCCCCCUACUACGCUGGAGAGCGACGUCGCGCGGGUCAGUGAGUUCAUCCAGAGGCAGCAGCGGGAGGGACGCAAGGUGGUACUAGUAACGAGCGGCGGGACCACCGUGCCCCUCGAGCUCAAUGUCGUGCGGUUCUUGGACAACUUCAGUGCCGGCACGCGAGGAGCAACCUCCGCGGAGUACUUCCUGAAGGCGGGCUAUGCGGUGAUCUUUAUGCACCGGCAGUUCAGCCUGCAGCCCUUCAGCCGACACUACUCGCAUUCCACGCACCCUUUUCUCGACUUCCUCGAUUUCGGCAGCUCUGAGCCAACAUCCACCGGCGACUCCUCCGCAGCGGCUCACAUUGUCGUACGCCCGGCAGAACGGGCGCAGCUCCUUGAUGUUCUUGCCGCAUACAAGGACGCGCAGAACGCGGGGACGCUCCUUACGCUCACGUUCGUGACCGUGAACGAUUACCUCUGGUUGCUUCGCGCGGUCAGCCAGGAGCUGUCGCAGCUUGGUCGCAGCUGUCUGUACUACCUGGCUGCGGCCGUGAGCGACUUCUUCCUGCCCAGGCAGAGAAUGUCGGAGCACAAGAUCCAGUCCGGAAAGGGCAGUCUGCACAUCGAAAUGGACCAGGUUCCCAAGAUUCUCAAGCCACUCGUCGCUGAGUGGACACGGGAGGGUUAUAUCGUCUCUUUCAAACUCGAGACCGACGAGGCGUUGCUGGUUCCGAAGGCCCGGCAGGCCCUCGCGAGGUACGGACAUCAGGUCGUGAUCGGAAACGACCUCCACCGGCGCAAAUUCGAGGUCGUCUUCGUCUCGCCUCGUGCCUCCGCCACACGCCCGGAAGAGGGCGAAGGUGCGCCUGAUGAACGGUAUGAAGAGUCGUGGCUGCGCAUCGAUCUCGAACAACAUCCGCAGAAGGAGAUCGAGGAGGACAUCGUCUCCGAGCUAGUGAAGCGGCACCAAGCGUGGAUAGCAGCCGCGACAUCGGCAUAG